AUGGAUGACUUCUCAAAAAAUACUGAAAGCUUCAUAUAUUGGUUGAAAAAUAUCGCUAAGAUAGACGUAUCUCCCAAGAUUGAAAUCAAAAAUUUGUGCUAUUGUAAUCAGGGCCGCGCAGUAGUUGCGAUUGAAAAAAUACGGAAGGAUGAAACAUUGUUUGAGAUACCUCGUAGUUCAGUUUUGAGUAUAACAACAUCCCAACUGGUGCGAGAUUAUCCUUCUCUUAAAGAAAAGUUUCUGAACGAAAUCGGAUCAUGGGAGGGUUUAAUUAUAUGUAUUCUUUAUGAGAUGGAAGUUUUGAAAGAAAGAAGCCAAUGGGCACCUUACUUCAAGGUUUGGAAUAAACCGAAUGAUAUGAAUAUGUUAAUAUUUUGGGGUGAGAAGGAAUUGGAACUUUUGCAGCCAUCACUUGUCCUCGAAAGAAUAGGGAAGAAGGAAGCCAAAGAGAUGCAUGAAAGGGUCAUUGAAUUAAUCAAACAAAUAGGUGGAGAAUUUGCCUGUGCUGCCACAUCUUUUGGAUUUAAUGAUUUUGCCUAUAUUGCAAGUAUCAUUUUGAGCUAUUCUUUUGAUUUAGAAAUGCAAGAUAAGAAUACGAAUGAAAAUGAAGAAGAUGACACAAGUGAAGAAGAAACCGAAAGUGAGUGUUAUUUAAAAUCGAUGAUUCCAUUUGCUGAUAUGCUGAAUGCAGAUACUAGUAAAUGUAAUGCCAAUUUGAUAUACCACUCUGGUUCCUUGAAGAUGAUUGCCAUAAGGGAUAUUGAGGCGAACGAACAAGUGUAUAACAUAUAUGGAGAACACCCAAAUUCCGAAAUACUAAGAAGGUAUGGGUAUGUUGAAUGGGACGGUUCCAAGUACGAUUUUGGAGAGGUUUUACUCGAAAAUAUAAUUGAAGCGAUAAGAGAGACCUUUAAUGUAAACGCGGAAUUCUUGGAAAAUUGCAUGGACGUCCUACGUAAUAACGCCACUAUCCAAGAUUUAUUAGAGGGUGAAGAAGUAAUAUUAAACUCGUACGACUGUUACUCCAAUGGUGAGUUAAUACCACAAUCAGUACUUUUAGUUCAAACCUUGACAACCAUUUGCCAAAUUCCAGGUAUAUACAAAGUGGACAUAAAAACAUUGGAAAGACAAGCGGAGAGAAUUGUAAAGAAAUGUUUACAAUUGAUAGAAAAGGGCUGUGUCACUGAACAAUGCAGCAAAACAUGGAAACGUUGUAUUAUGAAGCGCUUAGCCGAUUACCCCAUAGAGAAGACCGGCUCUUAUGAAAAACCACCAGAAGAGAACUCCUUGACAAAGGAAGAACUAAGAAAUAUUAUGGCUUUAAGAGUUUUAAAAAGCGAAAUAGAUUCAUUACAGACAUGUGAAGAAUCCUUCGACAAGAACUACAAAAUUAUACCAGAUCAAAAACUGCUAGCCAAUAUCUUGAAGAGAAAGUUCACGAAAGAGGAAGAAAGAUUUGCUAAACGUCCUUGUCUGCAAAAUUAG